AUGGCUAGCACAGCAAACAUGAUUUGUCAACUAAAGAAACUAUCUAUCGCGGAACCUACCGUUGCCAAGGAUUCCCAUCCUGAUGUAAAUAUUGUGGAUUUGAUGAGAAAUUACAUUUCACAAGAAUUAAGCAAGAUUUCCGGUGUAGACUCCUCUCUUAUUUUUCCAGCGUUGGAAUGGACAAACACUAUGGAUAGGGGCGAUUUGUUAAUUCCUGUCCCAAGGUUGAGAAUCAAAGGUGCUAAUCCUAAGGAUUUAGCUGUCGAAUGGGCUAACAAAUUUCCAUGUGGAGAUUUCUUGGAAAAAGUUGAAGCAAAUGGCCCAUUCAUCCAGUUUUUCUUUAACCCUCAAUUUUUAGCAAAGCUUGUUAUCCCAGACAUCUUAACUAGAAAGGAGGACUAUGGUUCUUGCAAACUGGUUGAAAACAAGAAGGUUGUGAUUGAAUUCUCCUCUCCAAAUAUCGCCAAGCCAUUUCACGCUGGUCAUUUGAGAUCCACUAUUAUUGGUGGAUUUUUAGCCAACCUAUAUGAAAAAUUAGGCUGGGAAGUUAUCAGAAUGAACUAUCUGGGUGACUGGGGAAAACAGUUUGGUCUUUUAGCUGUUGGUUUUGAAAGAUACGGGAAUGAAGAAGCUUUAGUAAAAGAUCCAAUUCACCACUUGUUUGAUGUUUACGUCCGUAUCAACAGGGACAUCGAGGAAGAAGGUGACAGCGUUCCAUUAGAAAAAUCCACGAACGGAAAAGCCCGUGAAUAUUUCAAGAGAAUGGAAGAUGGUGACGAGGAAGCCCUAAAGAUUUGGAAGAGGUUCCGUGAAUUUUCUAUUGAAAAAUAUAUUGACACAUAUGCACGUUUGAACAUCAAAUAUGACGUCUACUCCGGUGAAUCCCAAGUUUCUAAAGAAUCCAUGCUUAAAGCCAUCGACCUGUUUAAGGAAAAAGGUUUAACACACGAGGACAAGGGUGCGGUUUUAAUCGACUUGACAAAGUUUAACAAGAAGCUAGGCAAGGCUAUUGUCCAAAAAUCAGAUGGUACUACGUUGUAUUUAACUAGGGACGUUGGUGCAGCCAUGGACCGUUACGAAAAAUAUCAUUUUGAUAAAAUGAUUUAUGUCAUUGCUUCCCAACAAGAUUUGCACGCCGCUCAAUUUUUCGAAAUUUUGAAGCAGAUGGGCUUUGAAUGGGCUAAAGAUCUACAGCAUGUCAAUUUUGGUAUGGUUCAGGGUAUGUCAACUAGAAAGGGUACUGUUGUCUUCUUGGAUAACAUUCUAGAGGAAACUAAGGAAAAAAUGCAUGAAGUUAUGAAAAAGAAUGAAAACAAAUACGCCCAAAUUGAACAUCCAGAAGAAGUUGCUGAUUUAGUUGGUAUCUCUGCCGUCAUGAUUCAGGAUAUGCAAGGCAAGCGUAUCAACAACUACGAAUUUAAAUGGGAAAGAAUGCUUUCAUUCGAAGGUGACACUGGUCCAUACCUUCAAUAUGCUCACUCAAGGUUAAGGUCAGUUGAAAGGAACGCUUCUGGUAUUACCGAAGACAAAUGGAUAAAUGCUGAUUUUUCGUUAUUAGAAGAACCUGCUGCUAAAUUAUUGAUCAGAUUACUGGGCCAAUAUCCUGAUGUUCUGAGAAAUGCUAUCAAGACCCACGAACCAACAACCGUGGUCACAUAUUUAUUCAAACUGACUCACCAAGUUUCUUCUUGUUAUGACGUCUUAUGGGUUGCUGGUCAAACUGAAGAAUUAGCCACUGCCCGUUUGGCUCUAUAUGGUGCGGCAAGACAAGUUUUAUACAACGGUAUGCGCUUGUUAGGUUUAACUCCCGUAGAAAGAAUGUAA